AUGGAAUCGAAUAAGCCAGAAGAUGACGUCAAGUCGAACAAGCGCACGCAUGAAGAAUUCACAGAGGGCGUUACACUGGACGGUUCUGGAGAUGAUAGCUCGUCCGACGAUGAUAUGGGCCCCCAGCUGCCCUCGGCCGAGGCGCCCAAGAAGAAGCGCCGCGUUCUUCCCUACGAGAAGCUGUACCUGAAGGCCAUGCCCAAGUCCGCCCGGUAUUCCAAGUCUUUGAUGCACAAGGAACAAUUGACGUUCCUCACGAUGACGCCUAUCACCGACUUCUUGAUCACCACUUCGAUCGAUGGCGUCGUCAAGUUCUGGAAGAAGGUCACCGGAGAAAUCGAGUUCGUCAAAGAGUACAAGGCUCACCUCGGCGAAAUCAAGUCUGUUUCCGUGAGCCAGGAUGGUCGCAGCUUUGCUACAGCCGGUGCCGACAAGACCAUUAAGCUGUUCGACGUCAAUGCCUUCGAUCUUCUCGCCGUUCUCCAACUCGACUACGUACCGAAAUGUGUCUGCUGGGUGCACAAGAAGGGUGCCCCUCUGCCCAUCCUAGCAGUUUCCGAGGAGGAGAAGCCUGUUAUCCAUCUUUAUGACGGGCGUGGUCAGCAAGAAAAGCCGUUCCAUACCAUCAGUGGAUUGCACCGGAGUCCAGUAGGCAUCAUGGCUUUCAACGACAGAUUCGACUGCGUGGUGUCAGCCGACGACGGGGGCAUGGUGGAAUAUUGGCAGCCGAGUGGUUCGUACGAGAAACCCGAUACGGUCUUCAAGUUCAAGAGCGCAACAAACCUGUUCGAGUUCAAGAAGGCAAAGGCUGUGCCAACGUCCCUCACGCUUUCUCCUGACGGCAACCGAUUCGUCACCGUCUCGUUCCCAGAUCGCAAGAUCCGCAUCUUCGACUUUGCUUCCGGAAAACUACAACGCACAUACGACGAAUCUCUCAAGGUUGUGGAGGAAAUGCAGCAGGCUGGUACCGCACUACAGAAGCUUGACGCCGUAGAGUUCGGCCGCCGCAUCGCGCAAGAAAGGGAAAUUGAGUCGUCAGCACUACGGAACAAGUUCAACGUUGUCUUUGACGAAUCAGGACACUUCAUCCUCUACGGUUCCUAUCUGGGUAUCAAAGUCCUCAACACCUACACCAACCAGGUCGCCAAGGUGUACGGCAAGGAGGAAGGGUUCAGACCCCUUACCCUAGCGAUUUACCAAGGCCAGCCUCAGAAAAAGGGCGUGACAACAGUUGCCAUGGCAGCAUCUGCCAACCCACUUCUACAGGAAUCGGAGACAAGAGACCCGAUGCUAAUAGCGACCGGCGUGGGCAAGGUUCGCUUCUACAUGUUCACAAACGACCAAGAAAUCUCCAAGUCGACCAGAGACGUCCAGAACGAGAAGCCAACCGUUUUGGGAGGACCCAAGAAGGUGGAACAGAAGAAGGCGGCCGAGACAGGGACGUCAGCCGUUAUCCAUACCACCUACGGCGACAUUCACAUCAGGCUUUUCCCGGAUGCCGCCCCCAAGGCUGUGGAAAACUUUGUUACGCAUGCCAAACGUGGCUACUACAACAACACCAUCUUCCACCGUGUAAUACGCAAGUUCAUGAUUCAAGGUGGUGAUCCUCUUGGUGACGGAACAGGCGGCGAGAGUAUAUGGGGCAAAGAGUUCGAGGAUGAGUUUAGCAGCUUGAAGCACGACAAGCCUUAUACGGUCAGCAUGGCGAACGCUGGUCCCAAUACUAACGGCAGUCAGUUCUUCAUUACGACAGAAAAGACGCCAUGGCUUGACAACAAGCACACCAUCUUCGGUCGCGGUGUCCAGGGGUUGGAUGUCAUUCACCGCAUCGAGAACGUUAAGACGCAUAAGGACAAGCCAGUGGAGGACAUCAAGAUCCUUAACAUAGACAUUAUGUAA